CGCAACCUAAAUCAGACGCGGAUUUCAGCUUCCAGUUCAGUUUCUGCGGCCACUGGCGACUGACGAGCGAACAGAAGAACGCUGCUGCCCCUGCCCCCCAGUCCACUGCUGUACGGGAAGCGUGCAAAAGUUCAAACAACCGUACACCGUACCCACAGCCAAUGUCCCAGUGGAUGUGGAUGUGGAUUUAAGCGUUGAUGCAAAUGUGGAUCUGUAUUAUGCAACAGCAGACAGUCGGUGGAGAGAGAGAGAGGUGACAGACAGACCAGAGACAGACAGACGGACAGACAGACCGAAAGACAGAUAGACUGAUAGACUGAGCGAGUAAUUAUCAGUGCCAGAUUAUUAUCAUCAGCAGCAGCAGAAAUGCAACAACGGUAACACACAGAUCCGGAGAGGAUCAGUGUGCCACUGAAGCGGGGCUCUCCCUCUCUCUCUACCUCUCUCUCGUCCAGCCGGACGGAACACAAUGCCCGUGGGCUCAUACACGGACCGCCUAGACCGAGACCAUUGCGAAAACAGUUGAACAUCGCCGCGUACAGGUUGUGGUUGCGAUUGCGGAUACGAUUACGGCUGGAGCGCAGGACCGCAGUCAGACCCCGGCAAACAUAUCCGGAGUGGAAAUUAUCAGCAAUUAAAGCAAUCAAGAGCCAAGGCAGCUGCCCUUCAUCAGAGCAGCUCGGGGAUUGGCUUGGUUUGGUUUGGUUGGGAUCAGCGAUGCUGACCACAGAGAUGGGCACAGCGACGGGGCCCACGCCGAUUAUUGUCAGCAGCAAGCCACAAAAAUCUCAUUGCCAAGCCCCGGCGCUGGCGUCGGAGCAGCAGCUGCUACAGCACCACCAACAGCAGCAGCAGCAGCAGCAGCAUCCCCACCUGCCCAUCCACACACAUGGCCAUGGCCAUGUCCAUGGCCACGUCCACUGCGAGAAGUACUCGCCGGAAGCGCCGCGUCGGAAUCUGCACGAGCUGCUGCUGGAGCUGCUGGACAUGCUGCUCUCCUGCCUGGUGGUGGCGCCCUGCGUCAUUGCCUACUGGCGCGGCACCUGGGAGCUGAUGGGCGUUAUGCUCUUCCCCAGCAGCCUGCCGCUCUCCGCGCUCUCCUCCUUUCUCAUCGGCGGUGUGGGGCACUUUGUGUUCACCAUCACGCAGAACUUCUUCAAGGAUCACAUCCACCCGGACAAGCGGCGGCUCACCUACUACGCCGUCUCGCGCCUCUACACCGCCGUAUUCGGCAUUGUCUGUGUCAAUAUGUGGCGCGGCGCCUGGAUGCUCUGCGACUGGCUGACCAGCGUCGACUCCCUCAUCAUUGUCUCCGUUGUAACGGCAAUCGCUCUCAUCUUCCUGGUCGCAACACGCACCCUCCGGAACCUCGGUGCCGCGCCCUACACCGUCACAAUGGACCACAAAACGGACUAUUUCGAGGUUGACACCAUGUUCAAAAUACCCGGUUUCCAUCAACCUGGCCUCUAUGUGCUGGACACACUCUUCUCGGUCUUUGUCAUUGGCAGUCUGGUGGUCAUAGCCUGGCGCGGUGUCUGGGGCAUCUUUGACUUGACGCUGUUUCCCAAGGACAAAGCCAAAUCGGCAUGGGGCUCGCUGCUAAUUGGAUAUCUGACCGUGUUUGUGACGUUUCUCAUCCAUCCCCUGAUGCGGUAUGUGUCGCGUCGGAUAAGCGGCAUCCUGAAGCUGAUCAUAUGCGACAUUUACUAUCUGAUGACCUUCUUUGGGGCGGUGAAUGCAUGGCGCGGUAUCUGGAAUCUACUCGAUGUGUAUCUAUAUCCAGAAAAUCGACUGAUGAGCUUCUGGCUAACGCACAUCAUACCGUUCCUGCUGCUGGCCGCACUCAAGUGCUCCAACUCCAUUCUGGUGCGUGGAGUGUUCAUUGAUGCCGAGGGAGCUGGCGCCGAGAGCGUUGACAUUCCCAUUAACUACGUGCGUCUACACUUUCUGCGGGAGCGACGCAAAAAGGUUUCACAGUCAUCAUCGUCAGCGUCAUCUGCACCGCCGCCGCACUAUUACCUGAAGCCGGAGCACGCGACGCUCGGCAGGAGUGCGGAGAAGGAUAAGGAGGCGCAGAGCAGCCUCAUCGAGCAGCCACAUGCCACCGUGCAGAUCGUUUAGAUACGGCCAAGGACGGGCCUUGUUUGUUAUCGUUAAAAUCGUUCUAUGUCUAGCUGUUAAACUAGUUGUACGCUUAAAGUGCCUAAGCCUAAUCUUAAUUCACGUUUAACGAGCUUACUUAAGAGUCAGAUGUGUAGCCUUAAGUCCUAGACCUAAUCGUUAGCUGUUAUCCUACUCAUAAUCCUUAUCCUAACCAAUUCCCCAGACCUGUAUAAAUGCUAACCAACUGCACUUUCGACCCUAUAUAUCGUCCAAAUUUCACGAAGCUAAUGACGAACGACAACACCAUCAGCACACCCCGGAACACACACAUACUCCGAUACGAUUACGAAUACGAUUAACUAUUGUACAUUAUUCGUAUUUUCAAUAAAUUGUUGUAAAUAUAUAUAAAGCAAUGUGUGGAAGAUUUUUAACUAAGGACACAAAACGAAAUAAAUAUUAUGCUCAUAUG